AUGAAGGUGAUGACAGCCAUGAAGAAGCUCAAGUUCUGGUCAAGAAAGAAGAGGAAAAAGAAGACUCAUUUCUUGGUAAAUCCACCUCCACCUUCACGUCCACCGCCGCCUCCACCACCACUUCAUUGUAGUUGUCAUUGGCAGUGUCACCACCACGUUCAGCCUUCUGCUCCACCUCUACCAGAGUGGCUCGACUACGAACAAUCCCAUGAGGCCCUUUUAAUAUCUGAAGUCAAUACAUCUUUUUCAGGCUUAUACAAUUCAAGUGAAGCUCAAUUUGUUCCCCAACAACAAGAUCCUGAUUCUGAGAUCAGCUGUGAGUAUCCCACUUCUUAUCAACAGUAUAUGAUUCCAAAUCCUGUGUAUGGUAUACCUGCCGUCCAUGAAUCCGCGAAGGAGAGGGCUGGUGGAGUGUUUGGAUGUGUGUUUAAUAUUCUUGGCUGCAUUUUUCAAUGUUUCAAGCCAGUUAGCAAAUAA